UCUCAUUCAUCAAAAUACAAACCAAAAAAAAAAGCCAACCUCUUCUUCCUUCUCUUCGACUUCAACGCCAACAUCUCCAUCCAUCAAAAAGAGAAGAAGAAGAAGAAGAAGAAGAAGAAAAGAAACAAACAAUGUCGACAUUUCCCUUCACCCUCUCCUCUCUCUCCAAACCCAUCACCUCCUCAUUCACUGCCCAUCUCCCCCCUCUCCCUCAAAACCCCAAGCCCCCUUCUCCCUCCAUCCACACUACAACGAACACUCUCAAAAUGACCCAUGAUCAGGAUUACUCCACUCCUUUGGGCCGUCGAGGCGUCCUCUCUGGCUGCUUCGGCGCUGCUCUCGGCGCUCUCUCGCUCUCGGCCUCGUCCGAAGCUGCGAUAUUGGAGGCCGACGAUGAUGUGGAGUUGCUUGAGAAGGUGAAGAAGGAUAGAGAGAAGAGGCUACAGAGGCAGGGUGUCAUUAGCUCCUCCAACAAAGAGACAGGAUAUUUGCAAGAGCUUGUCUACAAACUGAGUAAAGUAGGACAAGCUAUCGAGAAUAGCGAUUUUUCUACAGCAGCUUCUGUUCUAGGACAGAGCACAGAGGCUGACUGGUUACAAAGGGCCAAUUCAGCUUUCACAAAGUUAAGCUCUAGUCCUGAGGCAAAAGCAGAGGUGGACAUGUUCAAUUCCUCUUUGGCAACUUUGAUUUCAUCAGUUGAUAAGAAUGAUAUCGAGUCGUGUAGAAUGGCUUUUGUAUCUUCAGCCAGUGCACUGGAGAAAUGGGUCGGAUUAACGGGUCUAAUUGGUCAGCUCAAGGGUCUCUAACCGCAAAAUCAUUGAUGCAGAUUUUGCUUCAAACUUUUUCCUUCAAUGAUUACGAGGAGUUACUUUGUAAAGAAUUUGAUGUCACAUUCUUCUUUCAUUAUAGUCAUUUUCGCCUAGACGCAUCUUAAGAC